AUGGAUCCCCGUUACUUGCUUCCAUUAGUGAGCCUUCUGCUGCCUCUGUGCAUAUCCGACACUGACAUGAGCAACCACUUUGUUAUGGAGCCUUACGAUUUCCUCUUCGACACUGCGGUGGAAGCCUACUAUAAGGGAGACUGGCUGACGGUUAUCCUGAACAUGGAGAAAGCGCUCAGGAACAAAGCUACGAUCCGUAAGGUGAAGGCUGAGUGCCGGCUCAGUUGCGCCAACAACACCGCUUUCGGCGAGCCUCUGGUCGGCUUGGGAGUUCCUAUACCCGGGGCCGGAUCUGUGGAGGAUCUGGGCUUUUUCCAGAAAAUCCUGAUACGGGCAGAUUGUGUGAAGUCCUGUGAAAUUGAGAAACUUGGUACACCAACUAUGCAUCUAGUGUCUGAAGAAGUGGAGCUGGAGUUUAAGAAGAGGAGUCCUUAUAAUUACUUACAAGUGGCCUACUUUAAGAUAAAUAAACUGGACAAGGCAGUGUCAGCAGCCCACACGUUCUUCCAGGCCAACCCAGAACACAUGGAGAUGAAACAGAACCUGGACUACUACAGGAUGAUGGCGGGAGUGAAGGAGGAAGACUUCAAAGAUUUGGAGGCCAGGCCACAUAUGGCUGAGUUCCUGCUGGGGAAGAGUUAUUACAGCGACGACUCUUUCGGUCUGGCGGCUGACCACUUCGAAGUGGCUUUGGAUGAGUUCUUCAUAGCCAAUAAGGAGUGCCGAGCGCUGUGCGAGGGAGCCUACAACUACGACGGGUACAAUUACAUGGAGUACAGCGCCGACCUGUUCCAGACCAUGACAGACCACUACAUGCAGGUGCUGAACUGUAAGCAGCUCUGCUCUGUGGAGCUGGCGUCGACCGCUGGAAGACCCAAGCCCUUUGAGGACUUCCUCCCCUCUCACUUCAACUAUCUGCAGUUCUCCUACUACAACAGUGAGAAGUACGAGCGGGCCAUAGAGUGCGCCAAGACCUUCCUGUUGUUCCGCCCUAAUGAUCAAGUGAUGGGUCAGAACCUGGCGUACUAUUCUGCCGUGUUGGGGGAGGACAAAGCAGGAACCAUAUCAGCCAGACAGGUGGUGAAAGAGUACAUUCAGCAGUCCAUGCUGGAGAAAGAGCUGCUGUACUUUGGAUAUGAAGCCUUUGGAAUCACCUUUGUAGAUCCAGACACGUGGACGCCUGAAGAUAUCAUGCCUAAGAAACUGAGAGAGAAGCAGAAGGCCGAAAAAGAGGCGGCGGCGAGGAUCACAGAGGAAAUAGGAAACCUGAUGAAAGAAAUUGAAACCCUGGUUGAGGAGAAGAAGAAGGACUCGUCAGACUUGUCAAAGAUAAUUACGCCACCGGAAGGUGGCGCUCCGAUGCAUGACGGCAUCCAGGUGACCAUGACGUCCGCUCAGCUGAACGGCACUCAGCGGGUGCUGCUGGACGGGGUGAUCAGUGAUGACGAGUGCAGGGAGCUGCAACGCCUCUCCAAUGCUGCUGCUCUGAAAGGGGACGGCUACAGGGGGCGUCCUUCCCCCCACUCCCCCAGUGAGAUGUUCCAGGGAGUCACUGUCCUGAAGGCUGUCAAGCUGGGACAGGAAGGGAAGGUUCCACUGAAGAGCGCCCGUCUGUUCUUCGACCUGAGCGAGAAGGUGAAAAAGGCUGUGGAGUCCCACUUCAAUUUGGAGACUCCGCUCUACUUCUCCUACUCUCAUCUGGUCUGUCGAGCUGCCAUCGAUGAGAAGCAGGACCGUGAUGACCUGAGUCAUCCGGUUCACGUGGACAACUGUCUGCUGGUGUCUGAGCUUAACGAGUGCAUCAAGGAGCCUCCUGCAUACACACACAGAGACUACAGCGCCAUCCUUUACCUGAACGACGACUUCGAAGGAGGAGAUUUCAUUUUCACAGAGCUGGAUGCCAAAACUGUCACGGCUGAGGUGCGUCCGCAGUGUGGCCGUGUGGUCGGCUUCGGAGCGGGGAAAGAAAACCCUCACGGCGUCAAAGCCGUCACCAAGGGUCAGAGGUGUGCUGUGGCUCUAUGGUUCACCCUGGAUCCUGCUCACGAGGAAAAGGAAAGAAUCCAAGCUGAGGAUAUGCUAAAGAUGUUUUCCACCCCCGUGGAUGCAGAGUUUAUGAAAACAGACAGCUCAGACCCCCAGCCUGCAACGCCGGAGCCUCCCGCACAGGCCGACCAGGGGAAAGCAGAUAAUAAACAAGAUGAUAAACCAGCAGAGGAGAAGCAGGACGCGCCGGCUGAUACGAAGAAGGACAAAGUGGAGGCGAAAACAGCCAGCGGAGCAAAAACGACGACAGGCACUAAAGCCGCUAAAGCAAAAGCUGCUCCAAAAGCAAAGGCCAAAGCUGGAGAGCAAGCGAAAACCAAGACGGACAAAGCGAAACCUGCCUCUAAAAAAGACGGAAAGCAGACGGUCAAAACACAAGCCAAGCAGGUAGACAAAAAGGACGCAAAAGCAGCCGCGAAAAAGACGACGAAAGUAGCAGUCAAAAAGGAUUCCAAGCAAGUGAAAGACUCUCAGAGCGACAAGGUAGAGCUGUGAUCAGACAGCAUCUGUGACUCUCAAUAUGUGGUGUCUAUUUUCUAGAAUUUAUUACAAGAGGUUCUGUGUGGGUGGGCUGAAUGAAAGGAUAUGGUGCUAAAAUUUUCAUUGGUAAUCGAGGACAGAGUUAUUAUUUUUGAAAACUAAAAUGAGUGUAAAAAAAAUAACCAGGGACUGCUGUAAAACUCAAAUCCUCACUCAACUACUUCAAUUGUUGAGUUUCAUCUCAACCUGACUUUUCUUCAGCCAUUUUAUAAUAUUUGUGAUGUCAGUUGUGGAACUGGGCA